AUGUUGAAUAUGGGAGGACCUUCGACGGUACCGGAGACCUAUGACUUCCUCAAAAACCUGUUCAUGGAUGGUGACCUGAUUCCGUUGCCUUUUCAACGCGUUCUGGCCCCUCUCAUUGCCAAGCGGCGGACACCUCAAAUCGAGAAGCAGUAUGCUGACAUUGGUGGUGGUUCUCCCAUUCUCAAGUAUACAGAGAUGCAGGGUGCUGGUAUGUGUGAACUACUGGACGAGCUGCACCCAGAGACUGCUCCGCACAAACCUUAUGUCGCGUUCCGUUAUGCGAACCCGCUGACCCAGGAGACCGCACAGAGGAUGAAGGCGGAUGGUGUGAAGAGGGCAAUUGCAUUCACACAGUAUCCACAGUACAGCUGUAGUACGACUGGAAGCAGUCUGAACGAACUUUUCAGACGGGGGAGGGCAGGCGAGACGGGAGACAUCGAAUGGAGCGUGAUAGACCGUUGGGGUACUCACCCAGGAUUCAUCGAGGCUGUUGCACAAAACAUUGAGGCCGCCCUAGCCAAAUUUCAACCGUCAACACGCUCAGACGUGGUUAUUCUGUUUUCAGCCCACUCAUUACCUAUGUCGGUAGUGAACCGAGGCGACCCAUAUGUCCUUGAGGUUUCCGCAUCUGUCAACGCCGUUAUGGACAGACUCGGCCACUCAAACCCAUAUCGUCUUGUUUGGCAGUCUCAGGGGAGGCUAUCAAAGGGUCUUGCUCGUCUCGGAAAGAAGGAAGCGAUUCUAGUCCCUAUCGCCUUCACGAGCGAUCAUAUCGAGACGCUCUACGAGUUGGAUCUUGAGUAUAUGAAAGAGGGAAAGGAGCUGGGGAUGGAGCUGCAUCGCGCAGAGUCAUUGAAUGGAUCUCCUGUGUUUAUCCGUGCGUUGGCAGAUAUUACGGCACAGCAUCUGCGUGAUUAUUCUGCGAGGACGAUUGGGCCCACGAGUGUGCAGAUGGGGCUUCGGUGUCCGGGCUGUAAAAAUAUGACUUGUGGUCAGCAGAAACAUUGGUUCGCUCGUGCUGGACGUUCCUAG